UAAAUUAUUAUGUAAAUUGUUCUUAGAAGUUAGAAGCCAAUAACUAUUAACUAUAUAUUAUAUAGUAUAAAGCAGAGAUAACUUAACUAUGUGUAUUAUAUAAUAAUUAAUAUUGUGUUUAUUAUAUUAAGUAGCCAUUUACUUCUUAGGACUUAAGGUAAAUUCAUUUUGUUGUGUUAAUUUUCUACGUUUAAAAUAAAAUAUAAAAUACAUUUGUUAUAAUGCUUCCUAUUUCUAAAACAUUUUUACCCUUAAAUACACGAGGAGGAAACAGCAAACUGCCCAUAAUCGGAUUUGGCACAUAUACAAUUUCUGAUAGAAAAACAAUAUUGAAUGUCUUGGAUGUAGCACUUGGCGCUGGUUAUCGUCUAAUUGAUACGGCAGCAGUAUAUAACAAUGAGCAGUACAUCAAAGAAGCACUUCAAGUGUUAUUACCAAAGUACAAUUUGAAACGUGAAGAUUUGUUUAUUACAUCAAAAUUAGCUCCUAAAGACCAUGGAGAUGAGAAGCAAGUAACUGCAGCUGUACAAAGGUCAUUGGAUAAUCUAGGUACUAGUUACUUGGAUUUGUAUUUAAUACACUGGCCAGGAGCUGGACGUAUUGAUGCAAAAAGUCCUGAAAAUUCUAAACUUCGUAACUUAACUUGGAAGACUCUUAUGAAGUUGCAUGACAAUGGCAAUGGUUCACUUAAGAAUAUUGGGGUAUCUAAUUAUACCGUAAAACAUAUAAAAGAAAUACUUGAUGAUCCGACUAAUAUUGUUCCUGCAGUUAAUCAGGUUGAAUUCCAUCCAUAUUUUCAACAAUCGUCAGAGUUCCAUAAAGUGUGCAGAAAUGCCAAAAUUGUUCUACAAGCAUAUUGUUCUAUGGGAGGAUCUGCUGGUAAAAAUUCAUUGUUAAAUGACGAAGUUAUAAAUCGUAUUGCUAAAAAGCAUUCCAUAAGUGCUGCUCAAGUGUUAUUGAGAUGGGCUAUUCAAAGAAAUUAUGCUAUUAUACCUAAGUCGGUUACUGCAGAAAGAAUAAAAACAAACUUUGAUGUCGAAACUGAACUCACUAAGGAAGAUGUUGACAAUAUUAAUAAUAUCCAGCACAAGGAAAAGUUUGCUUGGGAGCCUGAAGUCAUUGCAUAAUCUUAUAAAUAUAUUUUUUUUUAAUAUAUUACUAUAAACCACAUGCCAUAAUUAAGUAUUACACCAUUCUAGUAUUGCAUUUUGUCAUGUUGGUUUUAAUAUUAGUUGCUGAAUAUUUUAUCUUUUACUCUAUACAGUUUAAACUCAAUAGCUAAGCAAAUUAAUAUUGGUGAUAGGAAUAACAAGGUAACAUAAUGUUCUACAUGACGUCUAAUAGAUUUUAUCAAUAAGUUUACCAAUGAUACUAUUAUGAAAAGUAUUGUUAUAUAUUUUUUGUUAUUUAUAAUUGUAUAGUAUUUGGUUUAUUACAAUUUUUUAUUCACAAUG